AUGACGUCUUCUCGCACCCCGAGACGAGAGACCGAAGCUGCUCUGCCACCACCACCACCGAAUACUUUCAACGCGACUACUACCGCGACAGAAAACACCGCGAGAUCCGACGACAACGAGCGGGGGCCGUUACUGAGAACACGACGAAGAAUUCCAAAACGCACGCGUUUCACGCACAAUCAUCCGCCCGGUUUACUCGCCUUGAGCGGCACGGAAAUCUGGGAACGGUUCAGCUAUUACACCACGAGAGCAGUUCUCGUUUUAUACGCGCGAGACGUGAUAUUCGUCCCAAUCGAUGAUGAAGGAGAGAAAGAAACCUUCGUUUGGUUCGCUUGGCGUUUUGCCAAACUGCACGGAGUGGAUUUGCGCCACACCUCGGAUAUUUCGGAGGAAGCGCGACGCGCGCGAGUCGACGCGAUCAGCUCGAAACUCUACGGCACGUACACCGCGUUCGUCUAUUUAACCCCAGUUUUAGGGGGAUAUUUAGCGGAUUUUACUUCGAAGCAUCGGAUGAUAUCGAUCGGGAUUGUGUUGAUGUUCCUCGGGAACUUCUUCGUAGGAGCGGAGAGGAACGCGUUCUUCCUCGGGCUGGUUUUAGUGGCACUCGGGAACGGUGGGUUUAAACCGAACGUUUCCGCCAGAUUGAGCGAGAUGUACGAGAAUAAAUUAGUAGUAUCUUCGGGUGGUUUUCAGGGAUCGGAGAGGAAAGGGAAGAGGAGGAUGCUUCUCUCGAGGAAGGAUUCCGCGUUUGGGAUUUUUUAUUGCGCCAUAAACGUCGGCGCGUUGUUCGCGCCCUUAGUGGCUGGAUUUUUAGCGGAGAGGUUCGGGUAUCAGAGUUGCUUUUUAGCGGCGGCAGUCGGAAUGAUUUUCGCCGGGUUGGUGUAUUUCACCUUUCAGAGGAGAUUGGUGUACCGAGGGGCGGCGUUAGAUAUCAUCGUCGAGAGUAGAAAGAGUAGAAGGCGUAGAAACAACGAUACGAACAAUACUACCAACAACAUCACAGACGAUUCAGACGACGAAGAAAGAGCUGGUGGAAGUACUGCUGUGGAGAGUGACAAUGAUACAGACGACGACAAUUUAGACGAUGACGAAGACGACGCGUUGUUGCCCAGAAAUGCAGCAAACAGCGACGACUUUGGUGGUACUGAAGACGCCGGCGAAGAAGAAGAAGAACAACAGCAACAUCACCAACAAAAUAAACUCUCUCUCCUUCACGUCUUCAACGAAAACAAAGCGCGACUCACCGCGCUAUUCGUCGUCAUGAUCACAACAAUUGGUUUCUGGGCCGCUUACGAGCAAGCCGGCAACGCUUUAUCCAUAUUCAUCGACGAGCGCGUCUCGCGCGACGGCGUCCCGACUGCUGCGUUUCAAUCCAUCAAUCCUGGCAUGAUUCUCGCGCUGACCCCGGUGAUCAACCGAUACUGGAAAUACCAGAGCGAAACCAAUCGCGAACCGGACCAGGUGAUGAAGAUGGCCAUAGGAUGUUGCCUUCUCGGCCUCGCCAACGUCCUCCUCGCGUUCGCCUCCACCAAUCUCCCUACCGGCGCCAUCGCCGAGGCUGAUUUACCUCCCGGAAUGAAACUCAACCAAUUUUGGAUUUGGCUGUACUUCCUCGUCGCCACGGCUGGCGAACUGUACGUCUCCCCGGUUGGAUUAUCCUUCGUCACGACUGCCGCGCCAAAAGAAAUCGUCGGUUUCGCCUGCGGCUGCUGGUUCUUAUCCGCUUUCUUCGGCAACUAUCUCGCCGGCGAGAUUGGUUCCUUGUACGCUUCCGCGAAACCGUUUGCGUUUUGGUCAGCCGUCGGAGUUUUAUCCGUCUCCGUCGGCGUCGCGUUGGCUCUCGCGAGAAACAAAAUCGUCCACGCGUUAAAAGAAGAAGAAGAAGAAGAAGAAGAAGAAGAAACGAAUAGCAGGAGUCGUGGUAGUAAGAGGAGGAGGAAAGGGAGGAAUACUACUCGCGACGAACGAGACGCAUCCGGCGGAUCGAAUACCGCUUUGUAA